AUGUCUCAAAUUGUAACGGGGUUUCUUGGAGCGAAACCAGGGGACGGACCUUAUUUUUCACCCAGAUUUCGAGUAACGCAGAAAAAUAAUGCGAGAAAAUAUUACAGAAAGAAAAAGAGUGAGACUAUAUUAGAAAUAGAUGAUUAUUUAACUCAUAUUGAUAUGACUGAUAACACUGAGUUUGAUAUAGAUGAUAUUCUAUCACCACGAUACACUGAAUUCGGAUUUGUGAAAGCGUAUAAAGCCAGAUUAAGACGUCGUGGAUUGGAUCCUAAACAGUUAUUUUGUGUCAAUCGACAUUCAGCUGUCGAGAAUCCACGAUCCUGUUUAACAUCUUUACCAAAGCUGAAGAAAAAAUUCUUGGUUCAGCAAAGUUCUGAUAUGGGUUCAGAUUUCAGCAAAACACCAAGAGUAGAAGAUGAAUUUACUCAGUCAGAUUUUAAGAAGUCAAAUCCUGCAGAAAAGAUGGCAAUAAAUCCGAGUGAUUUGGACCAAAGAUUAAAAACUUUAGAAGAACAUUCUUCAGUGGAUGGUUUUAUAGUUAGAGGUAGAAAAAGUGGUCGACCAUUAGGUAACAUAACCUCUUCGGAUUACCUUCAGAGCAUUUUACAACAAGUUGAGGAGGCUAAUAAUAACAGACGUUCAUCAAUAUUUUACAGAACGGAAGUUACCAAUACUUAG